AUGGAGACCGUGAGGAGAUGCGUCUUGGUUGUAGUGACGUUCACAUGCGCAGGAUGUUUGGGACUCCCUAACACCGACUUGGAACGCCAGGCAAUGAGGAAUCUGGUGCAGAUCACUGCUGACCCCUUAGGAGACACAGACAGUUUCUUAACCCUUCCUGAAAAUCAGCGGCAAGCAUUGGGAAAGGAUGAUGGAAGGACUUUCAAAGAAAUCAUUUCAUCCCUUCAAAAGCUGGAGGCCCAGUUCGUUGUGGACAUAAAGCUGGUGGGAUUCGAUGGUGAUGGAUUGCAUGGGGCCAUUGUGUCUCCAGAUGACCUGCUCCAGCACCUUGUAUCACUCAAAAUGCAUACCCCAGCUGUGGCCCUGCAACAAGUGACAGAAGAAAUUUGGAGUCAUACUGAGCUGGGUGUCGACCAGAAAUUGCUCUUCCAUGUCUCCAAGGCACCCAGCCAACUCAACAAGCAAGUGGAGGCUGCUAUUGCAGCAGAAAUUCACAAGAGAAAUUCGGAAGAUCCAAGUCAGAAAACAUUGGUCCCAUAUGAUGCAGUGGACACAUGGAUUGGGGAGUCAUUCAAUCGGAGUGGGUUGUUGGAAGCAGUCUACAUUUUGAACCCAAAAAGCCCAGGCAUUCCUUAUGCCUACACCUACAGUGGGAGUAAAACAUGUCCAGGAACAUUGUGGUGUGGAUCCGAGCGCUAUCUGUGGAUUGAUUUGACUGCUGGACCAGCCAUGUAUGGCCCAUCGAUUCAAGGUCAUGGCCAAGUACUUUCACACUCGAUCCCCAGGAUGGAGCACUACAAAGGAACCUGGAGAAACAGGGCAAUUGUGCCAGAACUUGCUGCACUGGUGCAGUCUGCAUGCAUGCAUCUGUUGACUCCCUUUGCACUGGAUGCUCAUCUCAGCGACUGGAAGGAACUUGUCCUGCAAGUCAUUCACAUUCAUGACAGUGUCAUCCCAGACCAUGCAGCAAGCAACAUGGAGCAACUCAGUUGGGUGUCUGACGAACUGCAGAGCCUGCGGUUUCAUGGUCAGCACAUAUCUAUGCGCCAUGCAUUUGUGGGCUUCGGCAGUUGCGAUGCAUGUGUAGCAGCUUACAGCAGGGCCCUUCAAAGCCGGACAUUUCGGCCACCUGGUGCCGAGUCUGAAAUUGUCAGUCAGUCUUUUUUGGUCAGUUUCAUUCUGCACCGCUGGCUAUCAGAGAACGCGUUCGUCAACCACAUUGUGGACGAUUCCGGUGCUAGAGUUGAUUUGGCGGCAGGACCCCAGCAGCGCAUCAUACCCAUUUAUCUGUUUGAACUGGCCAUUCGCGAACCUCUGCUUCUAGAUGAUGGCGAAAUGGCUGUUGCGUUUCCGGACAUGGUAAUUGCUGUUCACACACAGGGCGGCGAAACACCAUCGGGUUACAGCUGUGGGAACAAAGAAAUCAUGAUCAAUGUGGCCAACGUGGGUCGCCCCGUUUUGGCAGCCGUGCUGGAAGCUGGAUGGGGGGUGCCGAAAACAUCACAAUCUUGGACGCUCGAAAGUGGCAUGCGGGUGAACCAUCUGUGGUCUGUAGGCCAUACGCCUUUCGGCCACCUGUCUGACGUUCAAAGCCUCUCCUUUUCUCAGCGCGAUGUUGCCCGACGGAACCACAUCCUUGCCUGCUUGCACGAAAUUGUGAAGGUGGCAACAAAGCUGCUGGGCAAUUUCGCUGAUGUGUCGCCCACUGGGCACGCUUACGCUGUCUUUCCUAAGCAGCAUUUGCCCAUGUACUUCCAAAGGCGGAAUGUACUGCUGCAUAAGUUGGAAAAGGCAGUGUCACACCUGUCUCUGCUGCAAUUCGACACCGCAAUGUACUUCGUUCGGUCUUCACAGCACGAGGUCGUCGCCCUGAGGGAGUUGGCUCGGAUGGCCGCUAUGGAAAUAGAUACAAGGCUGGUGUGUGCUCCUAAGUUCAGGAAUCUAAGAUAUUGGCUAGUGUUUGUGGCGGGAGCUAUUGUUGGCGCAAUGGUUUGGGUAUUUAGAAGGGCAAAGGCAAUUAAAAGCAAGCUUGUGUAG